UGGACGGAUUUGUUUGUACAGUACUAUUAGGAUAAAGCUAACUUUGUCGAGAUGGGAGGAGGAGGAAUGGAUUAAGUCAUGUCGACAUCGGGAGGUGGACUGCUGCUGUUAAGUCGGAAGCUGGCGGCGGUGGGCGACAUGGGAGACGACGACUGCCCAUUGCUUGCUCGUCCUGGUGUUUUCUCGGGCGAGGACGGGACGCGGGAGGCACCGCAUUUGGGGCAUUUCCGCGAUGCGUCGCAUAGGAUUUCGUCGCAAUCGAUCUGUUUCACAAACGUCGCGUGUAGUCGACGCAGGAUGUGGACCAGUGCGGCGGCGUCCGUAGCACACAACCCUUCCACGUCGACUUUGCCCGUGUCGGCAUAUCGCUGCACUCGCGUCAGGAGCGUCGUUGUGUCCGCUUGGAUCUCUAACGGUGUCGAAGUAUCAAGUUGUGUGGCGUGGACGACCACGUUGUCUGGAAGCGGCAACUGGAUGGACAGCGUCGCGCCACCGUCCGUCAUGGGUACGGUCGAGGACGCAAAUGGGGUGGAGGUCAUUUCGCCAACUAUUGAAAAAUAAAUACUCGC